AUGCGAACUUGUUAUUACGAAUUAUUAGGCGUUGAACAAUACGUGACCGCAGAAGAAUUAAAGAAAGCCUAUCGUAAAAAAGCUUUAGAAUGGCAUCCUGAUAAAAAUCACCAUCGAGUUGCGGAGGCGACAAAACAAUUCGCUCUCCUUCAACAAGCUUACGAAGUUUUAUCGGAUCCAAACGAAAGGGAAUGUGUGGCAGGAAUUAGUGUAGAAGAUCUCAUGAAAUACUUUAACAUCGGAUGUUUUAGUGGUUUUGAUGAUAGCCCAAAGGGAUUUUAUACAGUUUACGGAAAUAUAUUUGAACAAUUAGCUCAAGAGGAAGUAGAAGCCCAUGCACGUGAUCGAGAUGAAAAUUCUUUUGAAUUUUUUCCUUACCCAUCAUUUGGUGAUAGUACUACAUCACCAGAUCAAGAAGAUUCAAAAUAUGGAAAUUUAAUUAAAUAUUUUUAUCAAUCAUGGUUGAAUUUUUCUACACGAAAAAAGUUUGCUUGGUUUGAUAAACAUCGUUUAUCUGAGGCACCUGAUAGGUGGGCAAGGAAAAAGAUGGAAGUAGAAAAUGAAAAGUCUCGUAAAUUAGCUCGUAAAGAGUACAAUGAAACUGUUAAAUUACUAGUUGAAUUCGUGCAAAAACGUGAUCCACGUUAUAAAGCUUAUAAGAUGGCUGUUGAUCAAAGAAAUAAAGCUCAAGUUGCUGAAGCAAAAAAACGUGCUGCCCGUGAUCGUGCUGAACGUAUUUCUAAAUUACAAGAAUAUCAGGAACAAGAGUGGACAAAACAGCAAUGGAUAAAUCACGAAAAAAGCAAAACUCAUAAAACCAAUGUAAAAUUAUUGAAAAAAGAAAUGGCUGAAGAUUUUGAAGAUAAUGAAGAUUUAAUAAUUUCGGAUGACCAAAAUGAGACAAAUAAUCAUGACAUAGAUGAAUUGGAUGCUGAGGAAAUCUCUGGUGAUGAAAUUGUUCGGGAUAAGAUAAAAUCUGAUUCACCUAAUGAUGACGAUGAAUUAUCUGAACAAUUAAACAAAAUAAAAGUUUCUUCUAGAGGUGGUUUCGAAUCUGAGGAAGAUUCUAAUAAAACUCAACCUCCCUUAAAUGUUGAUGAUAAUUCAAUUCAACAAGAAAAUGCUACUAAAAUUCAACAAGAAAAUGGUUCUAAAAAAGAAAAGAAAAAGGAUAAGAAAAAUUCUAAAGAUUCUAAACAGGUAAAAACAUAUAUAAUUGAUAUUACUUUAUAA